GGUGUGGCGUCUCCUGUUUCUUCAGUGUGGCUUUUGUUAAUGUUUCCCCCAUUUCAACAGACGGGCUGUCGAUCAAGACCUAUGUGUCCGCUCACGACAAGCAGCAGUGCUUCGACUGCAAUCUGUGUCGGUGGAAGCUACGCCUUUAAUUUGUUUAUUCACGAAGAUCACAUGAACCCUCGGCUAAAAAAACUGAUUUUGUAAAGUUUAGUCACGCUGCAGAGGACGUGUCGGCUUGCAUUCUGGUCAAUGUCUCUACAGUGCUGGGAUGACGCUCUUGUGUCAGGCUCCCGCAGCUCUGGUUGGCUGGCCGCCGUGGCUGGAGACAAGUGUCCAACGCUCGUCUCAGUUGUGGAUGGCCAACAUGUACUCCAAGGGCACCAAACGCAAGUUCUUUGACAGUGUGGACGCAGCGAUGGACAACAAGGCGGCGUUGUACAGCCGGCAGCGCCAGUCCCUGCUGGACAUGUCUCUGAUCAAGCUGCAGCUGUGCCACAUGCUGGUGGAGCCCAACAUGUGCCGCUCGGUCCUCAUUGCCAACACGGUGCGCCAUAUCCAGGAGGAAAUGACCCAUGAUGGGAGCUGGCAGUUGGUCACUGAGGCUUUCGGCGGCUCUGGCCCAUCUGACCACCUGGUGGCCACCGAGGUUUUGUGUCUGUCAUCGGCGCUGGAGCAGCAGGGCGGUGGGCCCAAGCUCUACUCGGUGAUGGGCUACGAUGGUUGCCGCGAGGAAGAAGUGGUAACGGACGAGGCUCUCUGUUCUGUGACAUUUAGCGACGGGGCCCCGGCCCUCUUGGGGACCAUCGACCACUGCUGGGACAGGGCAGAACUGAGAAUGGCGGCGGUAGAGGACCGGGUCAUCAAAGACUCCGGUUCAGAGGUCGAGUCUGGGCAGGGGGCUAAAACAGUGAUGGGGCAGGUGUUUGGGACGUUCGAGAUCAAAAAUGGCACCCCUGGGUCAGACCCGGCACUAGAGGAGCUGUUCUCAGCCGUUGAUGCCUCUUAUUAUGACUUGGACACCAUGCUCACAAGCAUUCAGAGCACCCCCAAGAUGGGGCCUUACAACCUUCUGGACAGCAUGGCCUCCUCCCAUGGCCCCACGUCCAACUCCAGCUGUAGAACCGAUCUCUGUGAACUUGACCACAUUAUGGAGAUCAUUGUCGGCUCAUAGCUUAUAGACUUAAAACUUGACUGUUUGGUUAAACUUGUGCCUCUGACUUUUUGUCUUGUAUGUGUGAACAUACAGUAUCUACAUACCUUCAUCUGUAUGGAAACUGAGUGAUAUCCGUCUCCAUGCAAUGCCAUUUUUUUUUUUAUCUGAGAGGUUAACAGUUUCUCAAGUUCACCAUACUUAUUUAUUAUGUUUACUUUGUAUUUCAAUAUGUACUCUUUUUGGUUUAAAUUAUUGUCCCUAUUACACUACAUGAAUUCAGAGCAGCACAACAUUUACAUUAAUAAUCUUUUUUAAAGUAUAUAUGUUUUACUAUAGACAGUCUGGGAAUUGUUCUCGGCUGUCUUUUUAUUUUUUACAUUUGUAAGCAAGAACGAUUGCACAAAAGGCUCAAUGUGUGAUUAGGGACUAAUUUACCUUGUCUUUCACAGGUUUAUCUUUGGUUGUGUCUUUGAGCAACAAGAGCAAAUAGGCAUUGUUGAAAACGUGAAUUAUGUUCAGUAUGCUCACAAUGUGAUCUUGGUCUGGUUUGGUGCUAUAUGUACAGUAUUCCUAAUGAACACAUGGCCUUCUUGAGCCAGACAGUUCAAUCUUGCACUGCGGCUAGCUGUCACCUAGCAUGUGGUGCCAUUUGUUUGCUAUUAAAGUUACAUAUGUUCUUAUAUUGUCUCCUUACAAGUGAAUAAUUAUAAUGGGUAUAUGUCUAAUUUUCUGUGAUUACUUAUUUAUUUAUUCAUUUCAAUCAUAUGGUGAUGUUCAACCUUGGCAAUACUAACGAUUGCAGAAGCUUUUCACCUUUCAAACAUUAAUUUGUAUUUGGUUUCUUGACUUUCUUUGCAUACAUUUAGUGAAGUAAUGUCCUUAUUCAAACCAAUCUGAGAACGUGCAAAGAAUUGUGCUUUUCAGCUGACCUAUUCCAACAGUGGUUCAUUUUUACCACGUUCAAAGCCUGCACUCGACCACAAGAUGAUAUUGUGACAACUGAUUUCUGAUUAAACAGCCAUGAGGUGGGAGAUACCACGUUUUUUUUAUGAUGAAGUUGACAUGCAUGACAAUGAGCUUGAGAAGAUAAUGCUUUUUAUGAGUAAACGAGCAGUUUAUACCAUUUUUAAUAAAGGUUCCAAAAUCAUAUGAA